AUCACUGUGUCUUCACCACUCUGGACUCUCAGCCACCCAUGGAGCCUCCUCUGCCAGCAGGACUUGCUGAUGUCCACCCAGCUGCCUAUCGAAUUGCCUUCAAGCUGAGGUCUUUGCAGAAGCUCUGCCAGUUGCACCUGGUAGACUCCUCCAUGAUUGUCCAACUGCUGAAGGACCUGAGGUCACAUGUCCAUCCAGACGGUGCUGUCCCGACUGUCGUCACCAUGCCGGCCCUGCAGCUCCUCUUCCAAAGGGCUCAAGUGACACCGGGAGCAGCUGAGCACACCAGCCACCUGCUAGCUGCCAUGUUUGACCGGGAUCAAGCGGGAUCCUUUCCUCUGAGGUCAGUGGCCGUGGCUCUGGUGGCACUUUCGGCAGACCAAGUGUCCAUUAAGUUUGCAGGCCUCUUUGAGUUGGCCGUGCAGGCCAGCGGUCAUCCCUGUGCUGAUGACAGGCGUGCAACUCGCCAUGGCCUGAGAAACGUCCUGCAGGACCUGCAGCAGAUACCCAGGAUUGUCCAGGAGGACGCUGGCUUGGAGGAGGUGGAUGUGGCCAUCAGGGACUGUUUCCAGGGGGAGCUGACCAGUGGGAUUGUGGAGGAGAAAUUUGCCUGCUGGCUUCACACUGACCCCCCUUGUGUCCGGUGGCUGCCCACUUUGUACCGCGUGUCGACCAGCGAGACUGUGGUGCACCAAUCGCGCUGCCAGGUGUGCAGGAGUGGACCCAUCGUUGGACUUCGGUAUCAGUGCCUCAGGUGCGUGAACUUUAACCUCUGCCAGUCCUGCUACUUGACCUGCCGGACAGAUGGACGUCACCGACUCUCCCACCCAACUCUGGAGUUCUGUCGCCCACCGUCCACCAAGGAGAGCCUGAAAGUUUUCUCAUGGACGUUAAGGACAUUACUGGGUGGACGUCACAAGAGGACAGGAACUCGGAAUGGCAUGAUGCCCAAGAUGGGCACACGGCCAGGAGUGGCGGAGCAGAGACGGCCAGGGGCGCACUUUUAUCCUGGAGACCUCAAGCCCGCAGUGAAGACCCUCGUGGGGGACGGUCACUCUAAAGCUGUACAUGAGGAGUCUGCUUUGGAAGGCUGGCAGUGGUCAUUAGAGCCUCAGCCGCCUGUCUGGAGGAGCAAGAGGGCCUUGUCUGACCCAGACAUGCGACAGCCACUGGCAGCCAUGCAGGACGUGCCCGUCGUCUGCAGGGAGCUGACCCGGUGGAGAAGUAUGGCCGCUGUGGAGCUGAACAUUCAGGAAGAGCUGCACCAGCGACUUGAAGCUCACAUUGAUGUCCUGACAGAGCACAACGAGACCCUGCAGGCCCAGCUUGGACACGUCCGGCAGCUUCUGCAGAUGACCCUGGUGGACACUGGAAAUCUGGAUGGACGACACCCGGAGAACUCGAGAGGACAACUGACCUUCACUGGAACAGAAGAGCAUGCUGGGAUAGAACAAGAGGUUAACUGGAAGCAAAGCAUGCCAAGUGGCAGCGGGCAAGGAGAGUACCAGCCUGGCAUCGGAGGGAUGGACGGCCGAGAGGUGACUUGUUCUGCAGAUCCCUACGCUUCCCUGAAGAUGGAGCUGCUGGACGCGGCUGAGCUGCUAGGACACUCACUGUGUCACCUCGUGGACAAGGCCACUCUGCCACCUUCAUGAACAACUGGGCCUUGUGCUG